AAAAAAAUGUGGGUACCGUACCCACCUCUGAUAAAUACUACUGACGUUUUGAGUUUUUCUGUGCUCCUUUAUUCGCGUGUUUACGGUAGGAUGAUCCUCCAAUCCCGCAGCACCUUUUCCUGCUUGCGGUUACAUCUUUCAGCCUGAACUCCAUUAAGGAGUGAGAAGCUGCAUUUGUUUGUCGUUCAUUCAUCUGCUGCCUCUUCUCUCUUUCAUUUCUUUCUGUUUCUUUUUGCAGAGCAUCUCCUAGUGUUUGGUAGAUUCCACCUCUGCUGGUUUUCGCUGAGGACCGUAAAGAGAUUAUAGGGAUCCAGCAGCAGCAGUUGACGUUAAGACCUCCGGGCUUUAAGGAUCAGGUUUUUAUUUAUAAACGCUUACAUAAACCGGCAAACAGUGGCGUGUUGCUGUGUUUCCGAAGGCUUCCUUCUGUUUAAAACAUAGUUUAUUCUUAAACAAUAUUCUGCUGUAGGAAGACAUUUAUCCGCCCGAGUUCAUGCCAGAUCUGCAGCGCUUUAGUUUUAAAUACCAUAGCAUGAAUCCUUUGUUGGGGGCCAACACGCAUCCCCAGCAGCAGAGCCAGGCCCCCGGACACCCGGACUCCCCCUCUGUCCUCCUUCCCGAAGCCGCGUUUGGCGGACCGGACCCGGCGUCUCUUCUUCUGUCCGAUCAGCUGGCACCGGGGCCCGACCUGCCGGGACAGCCGCAGACCUCUCCUUACCCCCACCACGCCCAGAGCGGCCCCUACCAGCACCGCGCAGUGCCGCCGCAGCAGCAGCCGCACCCCCCUGCAGCCAUGGCCCUCAGGAACGACCUGGGCUCCAACAUCAGCGUGCUGAAGACCCUUAACCUCAGGUUCCGAUGCUUUUUGGCCAAAGUGCAUGAACUGGAGCGCAGGAAUAAAAUUUUGGAGAAGCAGCUGCAGCAGGCGCUGGAUGCCAACAAGAGCUGUCAGGAUGGAUGCUGUGAGAACAAACUGCACACCCAGGAGGCAGGUGUGCAAACUGGGUUUGUGGGGACCAUCCCACUCAGACCAGGCUCUCUUCCAUUUCACAACACUAACAACUCAGCAAGGAGGCCCACAAGCCUGUUUCCACCAUCAUCUGCAACAACUUUCUCACCAGCAGCUACUGAAAACUCCUUUUUAACCCAAACCAAUGCAACCUGCAACCCAACCAUCACCAUCAGCCAGUCCUCCCCCUGUGUGGAUUCUCCGGUGUCAACCAAAGGAACCCAACACAUCUCCACCAACCCUCCUCCACGGUUCCUGCCGGGGACCAUCUGGUCUUACAACCAUACCCGCAAGUUUGGCCCUGGGGCAGAGCGCCUGCCAAGCCCCGGGGUAUCCUGGAUGCACCCGGAUGGAGUUGGGGUCCAGAUUGACACCAUCACCCCUGAGAUAAGAGCCCUCUACAAUGUCCUGGCUAAAGUGAAGAGAGAGAGAGAUGAAUAUAAACGAAGAUGGGAGGAAGAAUACACAAUGAGGAUGGAUCUGCAACAGAAGAUAGCCGAUCUUCAAGAGGACCUGCAGGAGAGUGAAGGUUGUCAGGACGAACUGGCUCUUAGAGUGCAGCAGCUUAAGGCAGAGCUGGUUCUCUUCAAAGGCCUCAUGAGCAAUAAUUUGUCUGAGCUAGACACGAAAAUCCAGGAGAAAGCCAUGAAGGUGGACAUGGACAUCUGCCGGCGAAUCGACAUCACUGCUCGUCUGUGUGAUGUCGCACAGCAGAGAAACUGUGAAGAUGUGAUCCAAAUGUAUCAGGUCCCAAACAACCAAUCCACUCUAAGUAUCAGGCGUAAACCAACCCCCCUGUCAAUUAACGGGACUGAGUGUGAGGAACCCGUCAACACCGAAAGCGAGAUGGGCGUGGCUAAAGAAGAGGAACACUUUGGCUCCUCGGCCAAUCAGAUCAACGAGGAGAUGCAGAGGAUGCUGACCCAACUACGAGAAUGUGAAUUUGAGGAUGACUGUGAUAGUCUGGCAUGGGAGGAGACUGAAGAGACACUUCUUCUUUGGGAGGAUUUCCCAGGAUGCACUCUACCUCCCGAUCCGACCCACCAACCAGGAGAGGAGGACUGUCUGGAAAAGGUGAUUAAUGACACAGAAUGUCUCUUCAAGUCCCGCGAGAAGGAAUACCAAGAGACAAUUGACCAAAUUGAGCUGGAAUUGGCCACAGCCAAGAGUGACAUGAACCGGCACCUGCACGAGUACAUGGAGAUGUGCUCAAUGAAGAGAGGCCUGGAUGUUCAGAUGGAGACCUGCAGGAGGCUCAUCACUCAGAGUGGAGACAGUACCCCUGUUGUUCCAUCAGAAGAGAGCGAUCAGAGAGAAACAGACAAGUCUUCGUCUUCCUCCCUCUCUUCAUCAAGCAAUGGGAGAACUUGACAGUUUAUCACACGGCUGUUUAAAGAUGCUGCAUUCAUGUGACCUCUGGGUCAAACGGCAACAGUACAACACUGUAAACACCUAAACUAUGGCAAUGCUGUGUUUACAUUGCCUCAUGCAACAAAACCUUAAAUUAUUGAAUUAUCUGUUGUCUGUGAAUAUCAGUCUGAGAGAAAUCCUAAAAAAAGCAAACCUUGUGAUUAAUUUAAGAAUGCGAGAAAGUUAAGAUUCUGAACAAAAAAACAGCUGUUAGUCUUUGUGAAGAAAGGAUGCAACAAAAAACUCAAAACAAGCUUAUUUGAAUUUCCAACUCAUCACACACUUUAUUGAUGAUGUAUGAGCAACAAUAACAUGAAGGAAAUAUUUUAUCCUUGAGGUCCACUCCUGAUAUAUUUCAUGUCUUCCUGUCCAUUGAAUUUCAAAAUUAAUAAAUUUAUUGUUAGAAUACUGAUGCCAUAAAUAUAACAAGUUAUUUUCCCCCAUUAGAAAGUUUCUAAGUAAUGCAUUCUUUUUGUAAGAUAGGAUCAUCUGAUGCACAAUUUAUUAGUUUUUUUCAACAGAUAUCUUCAUAAAUUAAUACCAUAUGCUAAUUGUUUUACAAAUCAAAGAAAGAGAUAAAUAUAAAAAAAAAUAAUUUCAAACAGAGUCAAAGUUUUUGCUGGACCUCAUACUCCACUACAAACAUCUGUUGUUGAGCCAAACCAGUUUAAUAUGCAAAAAUGAUUCUGGGAGGGGAGACGGUCAAAGACAAGCUUGUGCAGUCUCAUUAUUUAUAGGCUAAGAAUCGUGUAAUUUCCUCUCCCACCUCUCAGGCUCCUUUUAGCUGAACUACUGUUAAGAUGAACUCACCACCAUGCUGUAAGUUGCUUGGUGAUUAAAUUUAGACGGGCUUUAAAGGAACAAACAACGUUUUGCUUUCAGAGAACCGUAUCUAAGCAUUAUUACUGAGUGGUGGUGGUAAACAUAACAGAGCACUAAUAUGAUAACCGACAACAUACUACGUUUAAAAAAAAAAUAAAAUUACAUGAAUGCAAUAAGCACUGAAUAAUAAAGUUCUCGAGGCGGUUACCUGUAAGAGCCAGCUUAUUGACUGCCGAGUGUCAGUGUAAAGAAAAAUUAAGGAAUUGAUUUUGUUUUUUUUAAGGAAAUUGUUUCUGUAUGCAAAAAUUACAUUAAAAAAAAAAAGCUUUCUAAGGGAUUCUAAGAGAUAUUCACUGUUGGUAAAAAAAAAAAAAAUUGGCCAAUCACAACGGUUUAAAAAUUAUCCUUUUGAUUUUUGAGUUGUGUUAAGAUGGCAGAAAUCUACUUAAAAACGUCCUGAUUAGCUGUUGCUUUAAGUCUUGGGUAAAAAAAACAAAAAUUUUCCUAAUUCUUUAAGCUGAUUGCUUAAAAUGGUUGACAACAAUUUAAGAUAUUUAUUUUGUAUAACCUCUCCACAGCUCCUCACUAUAAACAAAUCUUUCAGAGUUCUUUUCCAUGGCAGAAAUUAGAUAUGGACCUGCUCGUCUUGUUAUUUGCCCUCCAAAUAGAGCUAAUCUAUAUUCCUCCAAGUUAGACAUAGUCAGUGCAAAUAAGACACCAGGAAAACAUGUAUGGAAUACAUAAAAAACAAUGAAAAUCUCUUAAGGAUAUUGGCUUGUGGGCCAGAGAACAACGUAGCUUGAACAUUUUUAAAAGGCCUACUCUAUCAUAGAAAAUAACUUAAACAAAAAGAUCAACGUCUGUGGAGGUAUAAAAUAAGUCCACCUUGAGCUUAUCUCUGCUCUCUCUGCGUCACUUACUAUUAAUAACUCAACUGUUUUUUCCAAACUUUUGCAGCUUAAAAGGCUGGAGUAAAGGCUGCUGAUUACUUCAAAUAAUUUCUCAGAACUUAAUUUUAAAUAUCUUUGUUCAAAGACUCUUAUUUUGUUUUAGUUUUAAAGGCUGCUGGUAAGCUACUCAUAUCUCCCCGCAAUCUUAGUUUAAAUUAUAAAAAAAAACUGCCUUAAGAUUCAAUAUUUUUUAAGAUUACGGAACAAGAACAGUUAGAUAAAAUUCCAACCCGAAAACAAUACAGAAAAAUAAUCUCUUCUUUUUUCUACCUGCCUGCAGAAGAGGCAACAAGAACCCCCAAGACAGAGUUUUAAGAAUAAAAUGGUGUCAGUCUGUGCUCAUAAAUAUGGGUGGAAGAAAAAAAUAGUUUAUCAUAGAGUAUGUAGCAGCCAUUGCUCUGACUAUUGUCACUAAUUGAUGAAAACGAAACACUGCUUGGACCAAAUAAAGAAGUUUUGUUAAUCACUACAAAUGAGAUAUUGAUAGCCCUCUAAAAACCUAAAAUAACUCAAACUAUGUGUUUAAGGUUAGAGAUGGUUUCAUGUUUGCUUGACUUUACAGUGAAAACUAUGCUUAAUUUCUCCAGACCUAGAUCGUUUAAAAAAAAAGGAAAAACCCGCAGCCAGUCUAUCCUCCUCAGAAUUUUACCUUUAACAAUCUAAAGCAGUACUUAAAGUUAGUCUUUUGGAGAGUAAGUCCAAUAAAAUAAGCAGCUACAGCAGCAAGGUAUAUGAAAAUUAACAGCUAGCAGCCUCAAUCAUACCUGCAUUCCUCUUAAGUGGGGCUACUGUAACAGGGGUAAUUAGCACAAGGUUUGUGUCAAUGUAAUCCAUACAGAAAAAAAAAAAAAAAUCUUGAAAUUUAACCAAUUCUUUUAGAAGGCAGUGAUGGUACACCUCCUAAAACCUGCCUGGACUGUGCGUUAAAACUGUACUUUGCAAUAAAGAUGAGCCAUUAAUAAUGUGUUUUGCAGUUAAGCUAUAGCUUAGAGUGAGCAUGGGUGAGCAAGAAGACAGCAAAAUAACUGAAAAAUUGUCAAAAAAUGAUUGUCAAAACUCACUGAGUGCCAAAAUAAAUGUCAAUAGUGUGACUCAAUAGGAAAUGGUUGAGAAAAGAGUGAAGCUAUGUCGCCAAGGUGCUUGAUGUAUAUAACUAAACCUAUUUUUGAGCCUAGAAGCGUUUGCACAUUGACAGGAUGAAAAACUAUAUGAAUCAUAUAGUAUGAAGCUGGAUAUGACUUGUUUGUUUCCACUUCCUUAACAUAUUUCAGGUGAACUUAUAAUACAUACCUCAUGUUUCAUUUAUGUUGUGUUUUAAAUCACCAAAUAUACACACCAAUACAGGACAACAUGUCUGGUCAUCUUCACUGUUGAGGGGGGAGUAACCCCUGCAUCACUGCUGUACAAUACUAUCAGAUAAUCUUCUCGUUUUAUUCAGUCUAGCUAAACCAGGUGAAAUGUUGUGACUCUUACUCAAAUUGUUUCAGCGAUAAAAGAUGAUAGCUUUCAGCUUUUGCAUGUGAGGCUGUUUGAAUCAGCUGCUUCGAGUGUUUUACUGCUGUUUUAAUGCUGAAAGAUGUCAAAUAUGUGCCGUGUGAGUCUUCAAACAGCAAUCCCUUUUAUUGUCAGACACCGAGUGAGUCUCUCCUGUAUGCAUGUGCCAGUGUGUCUGUUUUUGAGUCUUUUCAGUGGGUGUUUUUAAAACGACUUUUACUGGCGCAUAUGCAUAGCGUUGUAGAAAAUGAAACAGGAUAACUGAAAGGUGACAUUUCAGACUAAGCUGUCUUUUGUCUGUGGUCACCCAUUAAAUUAAAAAUCAAAUGAUAGCUUUUUUCCAUUAGUAAACUUCCUUUAAGACGUGUGCCUGUCUGCCAAGUGAAGUCAAUUUAAAAACAACUCAAGUUCAGAAAACCGAUCCAGUGAAAUACCAGUGCUUUUGCAAAAUGAGCGUGUAAUGGCUAUGAAAUAAUAAUGAAAAUAUAGCUUUGAUAUAUUAAAGGCGAGCUCUAAGAGGGUCCACAGUCACAUCACUGAAACAAAGGGUAACAAAUCUUGAAUAAAAAUCUGACUUGCAAAAAUGUUGGCAGAUUAAAACAUACAAGCGUGUCUACUGAAGAGAAACCCUUACCUCCAGAGGUUAACACAAAUUUGUGUCAUGUAAAAUAUGUAAACUAAUCCUUUGACCCUAUCAGGAGUUUUGGGUGUUUGACCUUGUGUCAAAACGAAAAAAAUAAAAAAGGUUCUGGUUUCAAAGCUUUAUUGCAGAGCUAAAGUAUGUAAUGUAUAAAGAGAGACUGAAAGAAUAAAAUA